AUGGAAGAAUACCGAAAGAUAAAGAAUGCAAUCCGGAAAGGAGACCUGAAUGACCUCUCAACAUACAUAGACAAACCAGUUAACUUCUCAGGAGAUUAUCUCCUCCAUGUACUCACUGCAUCCAAGAAGACCGACCUUGUAAUCAAAUUAGUUCACAUGGUGAACGCUAAGCGCCUGCUGGAAGCAAGAAACCAGUUAAAGGACACCGCCCUACAUGUGGCAGCGGCGACUGGGGACCUCCCUGCUGCCAGAGAGAUGAUCUUGAAAAACAAGGAGCUCCUCAGUAUCACAAACAAGCUUGCUUUGGAGAUAGCACAACAGUUUUCAGAUUUGAUAUUUGGAAGGAAUUUCAGAGCAGUAACUCCUCUGCACCUGAUUGCUACCAUCCCACAAGCCUUCCGGAGUGCCACACAGUUGGGGUUUGUGGAAUCACUUAUCUACGCAUGUUUCCCAUUAAAUUAUGAGAGUUCAUCUAAGAUUUAUUCAAAGGGAAUUACAGAAGGAGAUGAAGAGAAGCAAAAGAUGACAGUUCCCAAUACAACCUUGAAGGAUGGUGAACUAUUGGACGACGAAACUACGUGCUGUAUGAUAAAAGCUCGCAAACUAUUUCAUAACAUAAUGGAAUUUCCGGCAGUUAGGUGGCUGAGAUUAUUUCUCAUAAAAAUAUUGAAGAAAAUGUUCACCAUGGUUGAGGAGAUUCAAGAACAAAAGAAAAACCAUGCAUGUGUCUUGAAUCUAAUUGCGUAUCUUGCAAAAGAUGACAAAUAUUGGGAUUUCCUUGAAAAGGGGAAAAAACCUCAGGCUCAGGGUGAUGAGAAGAUUGAAUCUAUUGAUGGUCAUGAAUUAAUGGACUUUCCUCAUGACUUAGCUACCCCAAAAUCAGAUUCAAUUGUCCCAUCAAAUUCACAAGAAAAAAAGGAGGAUGAAAACAUCUCCAAAGAAAAAGAGCUGGUGCUUCUUUCCCCUGAGCUAGAGGGUUUAAUUAGUAAAUUGUCCACAACUCUAGAAAAGAUAGAAAAUCAAAAAGAGGAUGAAACUAAGGAAGAUCUUAAGCCAAUUAGUCGUUGGAAUGAAUCACCUCUGACUCUUGGUGCAAAGAUGGGCCUUCAUGAAUUUGUGGAGAAAAUCUUGAAGGUAUGUCCAGAGUCAGCAAAGUCCUUGGACACAGAUGGGAGAAAUGUCCUCCAAGUUGCAAUACAACAUGGCCAAGUCAAGAUUGUGAAUAUCAUUGAGACAAUGGUCCGCGGAAGCAAUCCAUUGUUACCUUCUAGAUUGUUAUGGGACAUCGAUCCGAAAACAAAGAACAACAUACUUCACUUUGCUGCAGAGGAGAAGAAAACUGUCCCUGGGGAUCCUUGCGCCUUACAAAUGCAGCUUGAACUUGGCUGGUUUGAGAGAGUGAAGAAACUAAUACCGAAAGAUUUAGAGAAUAGUAGAAAUAACAAUGAAAAAACUGCGCAAGAGCUGUUUACUGAAAACCAUAUGCAGAUGGUGAAGAACGGUAAGGAGCAGCUGACAAAGAUGGGGAAGACAUGCUCAGUGCUUGUGGUGGCUGUCAUGUUUGCCUCUAGCUUCUCCAUUCCCGGCGAUAAGGACUCCAACCACAACCCGGUGUUUAUCCACAAAACAACCUUCAAAGUUUUCUCUCAUGCAUAUUGGAUUGGUUUGUCAUGUGCCGCAACUGCGCUUGUUCUCUUCCUCUCAUUGUUGACAUCGAGUUACAGAGAGCAAGACUUCCGGCGAUCUCUUCCGACCAAGUACUUCUUUGCCAACAUAUCCUUCUUCUUGGCUUUGGUGGCUCUUUUAGUUGCUUUCUCAUGCAAUAUGUACCUUAGUAUUUACGGUGGGGGGGCAAGCUCAUACAAAGGACUUGGUGCCUUUCAUCUGUGAGCUCACUAUCUUUCCGGCUGUGUGUUGUUUGGUGUUGCUGCUUUGUGGAUCCAGUUUAGGUUUGGAUUUAUUAGAAGACAUGUUUUAGGUUGAGAUGCAGGCGUGCAUUGCUUUCUUGAGUAUGUAGAAACUGUUGUUUGUCACUUAAUUAUGGGUAUUGGUAAGUUUAAUAAUGAUGUUUCCGUUUUGCUUUUGAGAAUCUCUGAAUAAAAAGAGUGCUUUCCAA